AUGGCUCCCGGCGCUGUUGUCGACGACUUCACCAGCCACGACGGCCAGGCUCUCGAGGCCCUCUCUGACAAGAUCGACGACGUCAACGUCAUCAAGUACGACGAAAAGUCCAAGUUUGACAACGAAAAGGACAAGAACACCUUCCGCCAGUACGCCGACGCCACCGACCGCGUCAAGAACUUUUACCGCGAGCAGCACCACAAGCAGACCGUCUCGUACAACCUGGCUGCCCGCAACCGCUUCUACAAUGCCACCCGUCCCCGCGCUGAGAUGACCAUCUGGGAGGCCAUGGAGAAGCUCAACACCCUCGUCGACGAGUCCGACCCCGACACCUCGCUCUCCCAGAUCCAGCACCUCCUCCAGUCCGCCGAGGCCAUCCGCCGCGACGGCAAGCCCCGCUGGAUGCAGCUGACCGGUCUCAUUCAUGAUCUGGGCAAGCUGAUGCUCUUCUUCCCCGAGCUCGAGACCCAGGGCCAGUGGGAUGUUGUGGGAGACACAUUCCCCGUGGGCUGCGCCUUCAGCGACAAGAUCAUCUACCCCGAGACUUUCGCCGAGGGCAACCCUGACGCCAGCAACCCCGACUACAACACCAAGUACGGCAUCUACUCUCCCAACUGCGGCCUCGACAACAUCAUGCUCAGCUGGGGUCACGACGAGUACCUCUACCACGUCGUCAAGGACCAGUCCACCCUCCCCGACGAGGCCCUGGCCAUGAUCCGCUACCACUCCUUCUACCCCUGGCACCGCGAGGGCGCCUACCGCCACCUCAUGUGCGACAAGGACUACGAGAUGAUGAAGGCCGUCCAGGCCUUCAACCCCUACGACCUGUACUCCAAGAGCGACGGUGUCCCCGACGCCGAAAAGCUCAAGCCCUACUACAUGGAGCUCAUUGACGAGUACUUCCCCCAGCGCGUCCUCAAGUGGUAG